UUGGAGAAUCACAACAAUGUGUUACUCGAAAUCCAAAGUGCGCCAUCCUCAACCACAAAAACAACAAUUGACCACUUCCUCAACAAGUGAUUCCGAAAGAACAAACGAAAAUGAAGAUUCUGGAAACGAAGCUCCUCCUUCUACCGAAGACCAAAAUCACAACAAGCAACCUAAAAAAAGAGUCUACAAACGCCACACACAGCCACAAAUAAGAGAGAUGGAAGCCUUCUUUAAGAAUAACCCUCACCCUGAUGAGAGGCAAAGGAAACAACUGGGUCGUGAGUUAGGGCUUGGACCUAUGCAGAUCAAGUUUUGGUUCCAAAACAAGCGUACCCAAAUGAAGGUUCAAAUGGAACGUCAAGAGAAGUAUUUUUUGAAAGAGGAGAAUGAGAGACUUCGUGCUGAGAUUGAAAUGUAUAAGGAGGCAAUAAACAAAGCAACAUGUCCAAAAUGUGAAUGUCAUUUUUGUGUUGAUGGAAUGUCAUUUCAUGAGUACCACCACCUUAAGAUGAUUGAGUAUGCCCGAUUAAAGGCACAGGCUCAAAUGAUGGCAGGAACAGUGCCUAUAGAUGUUGGAAAUCAUGAGGGUUGUUCCUAUUCUAACAUUGGUCAAAUGUCUGCACCCUCGUUUGAAGUUGGAAGUGGCAGUGGUAACUAUUCAAAUUCAAUCAUGAUAGAAGAAAUGCGUGUUGAUUCUAACAAUCUCAUGAUUGUGGAACUAGCAGUUGUUGCAAUGGAGGAAUUGACAACAUUGGCUCUUGCUGGAUCCCCUUUAUGGAUUCCUAGUAACUACAAGGAAAUUCUUAAUGAAGCUGAAUACACAAGAUUUUUCCCUAAUAAUGUAAUAGGUCCAAAACUCAUAGGGUUAAAAUCUGAAGCUUCAAGGGAAUCAGUCACUGUUCCCAUGAAUUCUAUUAACCUCAUUGAGGUUCUUAUGGAUGUGAAUCAAUGGUCAACUAUGUUUUAUGGUAUUGUUUCAAACGCAAUGACAAUUGAUGUCCUGUCACCUGGAGUAUCAGGAAAUUACAAUGGAGCCUUACAAGUGAUGUCAGCUGAUUUUCAAGUUCCUUCACCACUUGUUUCUGCACGUGAAAAUCAUUUCAUUAGGUACUGUAAGCAGUACCAACAAGGAGUAUGGGCUGUGGUUGAUGUUUCUUUGGAUCAUUUGUGUCCUAGUAGUAGUAGUACAACCAGAAGAAGCAGAAGACGACCCUCUGGUUGUUUAAUUCAAGAAUUACAAAAUGGUUGCUCAAAGGUUACAUGGGUGGAACAUGUAGAAGUAGAUGAGAGCACAGUAGCGUCAAAUCAAUCUUAUAAGUCUCUAAUAACUUCUGGGCUUGCCUUUGGAGCUAUACGAUGGGUGGCAUCAUUAGAUAGACAAUGUGAACGUCUUGCUAUUUCAAUGACAAUCAACAUACCACCUGCAGCAGACCAUUUUGCUAUGAAUAGUCUUCAAAGAAGGAAGAGCUUGAUGAGGCUGACAGAUAGAAUGAAAGUGUAUUUUUCAACUGUGGCUGGUUCUUCUAUACCAAAUUGUUGGGAAGUGCUAACGUCUAAUUCAAAUGAUGUAAGGGUGAUGAUUAAAAGGAGUAUCCGUGAACCGGGAACCAAUACCGGUUCCGGUCUAAUUCUUAGUGCUGGAACUUCUCUCUGGCUUCCGGUUCUUCCAAAGAGGCUUUUCGAUUUUCUUCGAAGUCAAAACUCAAGAAGUGAGUGGGAUAUUAUCUCCAUCGGAGGUAUAAUUCAAGAAAUGGCACACAUACCAAAUGGUCAAGAUCCUGCCAACUGUGUCUCUUUAAUUCGUGUAAAAAGUGCAGAUUGCAGUCAAAACAACAUGGUUUUACUUCAAGAGAAUAGCACUGAUAGCACAGGGUCGUAUGUAAUAUAUGCUCCUGUAGAUUAUGGCGCAAUGAAUGUAGUGAUGAAUGGUGGUGAUCCAGAUUGUGUUGUUAUGCUUCCUUCGGGUUUUGUGAUUCUCCCAGAUGGUGUUCCAUUGAACAAUGGAGGAGGUUGUCUACUAACAAUUUCUUUUCAGAUAUUGAUAGAUUCAAAUCCUAACGCAACUAUACAAAAUGGCUCAGUGCAAUCUGUUAUCGGUUUGAUUAAGAACACUGUUGAACGGAUCAAAAUUGCAUUGGCUUUUGACAGGACCCCCUAAUUGCAAUCUUUUAUAGGAAUAAAGGACAAAGUAGUAGCCAGGUUGGGAUCGUGGUGCAUACUCAAGUGUUGAAUGAGACCUGCAUAGACAUUUUUAUAUUACUGUGUGAUAGAGAUGAAAAAACUUAUUUUCAGUAUAUUUCUUUUCCUUUUGCGUUCCUUUUAUGUUGAGACUAUUUUGUUAUAAUAACAAUUACA